AUGUCCGACUACGGUGCAUACGACGACCGCCGCCGCUACCGCGAGACUCGUACCCGACCCCGCGAGCGCGGCGAUCCCGAGUUCGUCCAGGAAACAACGUACAUCGAGCGCGGCAAGGGCCCUCCCCCUCGCGACCUGGUCUACCGCCCUCGCGAAGAAAGCGUCGAAGACAUUACAAGAGACUUUCCUCCUCCGUCCAGCGAUCGUUACGCUCCCCGUGGAGGAAGAAGAGAAUACGACAACUACCCUCCACCCCGCCGUGCUCGCAGCCAGGUUGGCCGCAGAGACUACGAUGAUUACGACGAUGACUACGAUGUCCCCGUCGCUGCUGCAGCCGCUGCAGGUGCUGGAUAUGCCGCUGGCCGCGCAAAGGAUCGUCGCCGUCAUCGUGAUCGCCAUGACCGCGACUACGACUCUGAAGAAUACUCACCUCCCCGCCGUCGUCAUGCUGAACGCCGCAAGUCUGGUGUCGGUGAAAUCCUGGAAGGCCUUGGACUCGGCGGAGUCGCUGCUGCUAUAACAGGACGCUCCCGCAGUCGCAGCAGAUCCAGAGAUCGUGACUCCCGUCGUGAUAGAGAUGGCAGAGCCAGAUCACGCCAUGGUGGCCGCUAUGACUCUGACGAAGACAGCCGCAGUCGCAGCAGAUCUAAGGGACGCACCGAACGCAAGUGGGCUCAGGCUGCUCAAGCCGCUCUGGUUGCUGGUGCUGUCGAGGCCUUCCGCUCCCGCAAGGAUCCUGGACCAUGGACUGGAGAAAAGGGCCGUCGCAUUGCCACCGCCGCCAUCGGAGCUGGUGGUAUCGAUGGCCUCGUUGACCGCAACCCUGACAAGAAGACGAAGCGUCAUCUGGCCGAAGCCGUCAUUGGAGGUCUAGCAGCCAAUCGUCUUGCCAACGGCCCUCGCAGUAGAAGUAGAGGUCCUGCUGGCGCCAGGGACGACCCAUAUGGCCGCUCUCGCAGUCGCUCUCAAUCCAUCUUUGGCGGUCGCGGCAGAAGCCAGUCGCGUGGUCGUGAUGGGCAGGGCGGUGGCGGUGGUGGGCUUGAGAAGCUCGCAGCUGGAGGAGCUCUGGCAGCAGCUGGCAAGGCCAUCUAUGACCGUGUGCGAUCAAAGUCACGUCGUAGGCGCUCUCCUUCGUCCAGCUCUGCAGACUCGUAUGUCCCUUCCCGCAAUCGCCGUCGCAACAAGGAGCGUAACUCACCUGCUCAAUCAGAUACCGGCAGCCGCGCCGUCGCCCAGCGCGGUCGUGAUCGAAACCUCGGCCCUGCCGCUGGUGCAGGUGCCGGUGCCGGCGCCCUUGCUGCUUCGAAAAACAACCGCGGCGCACGCAGCGAGAGUUCGUCUAGCAGCAGCACCGAUGUCGAUGUUCGUCGUAAGCGUAUGCGAGGCAAGGAGCUACUCACCGCCGGCCUUGCCACAGUCGCCACUAUUCACGCUGCCCAUGGUGUUUACUCCAGUAUGGAAGCCCACGAGAAGCGGCACAGACUAGUCCAAGAAGGUGAAAUGUCUCCCAACGAAGCCCGUAAGAAGCAGACCAAGGCUUGGGUUCAAGAUGCAGCCGCUGUCGGCAUUGCUGCCUUGGGUAUCAAGGGUGCUUUCAGCGAGUGGAAGGAAAUGAAUGAGCAUAGACGCGAGAUUCACGAGUUGGAGAAGAGAAAAGCCUUGAAGCAAAAGCGUCGCGAGAAACAGGACAGAGAGGCACGUCGUGCACAAGAGGAGAGCCUCUACCGUAUGCUUCCCCUGUUGCAGCAACAACAACAGCAACAGCAGGCUGGUGCAAUGCCCAUGCAACCUGGAAAUCAGAUGAUGUACUCUAGCAACCUUCCACCUCCACCGCCUGGACCCCCUCCUGCUGCGAGGUAUUAG